CUAUCUUUGUAUCUCCUUCGAAACGCUUAAUCCAGGGCAUAAUUUUAACAAGGAGAAUAAUUUGUGAAUAUAUAAUUUCCUUCUUUAGUUAAAGAUUAACGAGGGACAUUAUUUACAACAUUUCUAUCAAAAUUCCAUCUGAUCUAUUACUGUACUAAAGUAGUAAGAGUCUUCUUUCAAUUUAAACUUCCCCUACCUUUCCUUUUCUUAAUUCUUUUCUUUGACCAGGAAAAAUGCUGUUAUUCGGUGACUCUAAACCAGUUACAGCGGUAACUACAUAUAUCGACAAAAUGACUGUUGGAACCCGCGAUGAAAAUGACCUUUCUGGAAUUGUCGAACUGACAGAGGUGGUUGGGCUCACCUCUUCUGGACCGAGGGAAGCGGCACGUACAAUUCGAAAAAAGUUAAAGUAUGGUGAACGUAAUGUACAAAUUCGCGCUUUGCUUGUUCUUCAAGCAUUAAUAGAAAACGCAGGAUCACGGUUUGUGGAAAAUUUUUCGGAUGAAAAAUUAGAGGAACGUAUAUUUUUAUGUGCAACAAGCCCUGCUUAUCCAAAGGAAGUACGAAUCCGAGCUUACUCCUUAAUCAAAUUAUGGCAGUCAGAAUACUCAAAUGUUCGCGGAAUGGAAAGUUUGAGCGGCCUGGCUAAGAAACUUCCUUCAAGGAUGCCUCCAAUGAGUAGUCGUCAGCAACAACCAAUUAAUAUGAAACGUGUCGCACCUAUGCUUGAGCGCUUAAUCAUCUCAUCUAAUAUGGCGGCUACCAACUUAACAAACACACUUGCUCAAAUAAAUCCUCAACGUGAAGAUCCAGCUCAUAACAAACAAAUUAUGAUGUACUACGUUGACUGUAAACGUUGCCAUCGACCCUUGUUGAGAUAUAUCGAAGCUAUUCAAGAUGAGAUGUGGCUUGCAAAUUUAUUGAAAACGAAUGAUGAAGUAGUUAAAGCCAUGGAUUCGUAUAAAGAAAAACUAAACCAUAAUGAGCAUCAUGAUGAUGGCUUCGAAAGUGAUUCUGACUCCCAUCCUUUAGAUGACAGCGCUUCCUAUCUGUCCGAUUCUGAUGCUUCUGAUUCAGUUUCUCAAACAGAGGAAGAUUUGGACGCCAACAAUCCUUUUAGUGAUUUGAAUCGCACAGACUAAUGACUUGUAUAUAUCUUAAAUUUACGCGUAUAGUCUCUCUCUUUUUCUGUUGUCCAGGUAUAAGUCCUUCUUUUAGUUAUUUUUGAUCACUCUCAAUCGCUCUUCUAAAUGUAACGCUAUACUAUUCACUCAGCAAUUACACGAUUAUUAACGUACGGAGUAUAUCUUGAUUUUUAUAUAUUGCUGCUCGUUUUGGUUAUGACUAAAAUACGACGAUUAUUCCGUUGUAUAUCUGUUUUAUGAAUAAAUGAAUCAUGUUUUUUUAGUCUUCGUUGUAUGAUUUAGGAAAAAUUACUUUCAGUUCAC